AUGUUUUGUUUGCAGAAGACAGAAGAAAAGUACUAUUACCAGUACCUUGGAGAUGGCAUCGAUGCCAUUCCAUCACUCUAUGGUGUCAAGAACUAUGUUGUGGAAAGAAGUGCCUUCUACGUCGAAUUCGAUCUAAUCUACUUCCUUACAGGCUACGACAUGAUUGUUCCAGGAGACCAUGGAUGGGACAGGAGUUAUAGAGGUUUUGCCUUUGUUGGGUCUGCUUGCUUGGCUACACGUGAACAACUGGGAGAAGAUAUUCCCAACUCUUUCAUCGGAAUUCGCACAAUGACCCACGAAAUGGCGCACACCUUAGGGUGCGAUCAUGAUCAAUCGACGAUUGAAGGUCACUUAGAGGGAUACGUAGCGAACUCUACAUAUUGCCCUUGGGACGAAGGCUAUAUCAUGAGCUAUCUUAUAAAGGACGGCAGAAGCAAGCAGUUUUCAGAGUGCUGCUCCUACGACAUGAGACGCUAUUCCUGGUACGUAUCAGUUUAUGAGAAACCUUGA